AUGACCUGAAUCUAUGGCAUGAGAGGAACCCAAAGUUAAAAGAAAUACUUAGCAUUGGGUACAGGCCAGUUAGUUAGUCGUUUGAAACAGGGAGAACAUAGUAGUUCACUAAGCCUGGUGUCAAGAAAACUUGGGUGGCUGGUAAUACACGAAAGGAUGGGGGCAUUUGGCAUCACAAAUAUUGAAGAUCCUUUAAUAACAGGAAUUGUUAUGACAAUCAUGUCAGUGGCACUCUUAGCCUACGUGUGUCUCUGCUGCCACGUCUGUGGACUCCAUUUCCACAUAGGGCAACUGCUCAGGUGUAUUACCGAUAAUCAGGUCAGAGAGCAGGGAAGGUUCGAUGCAGCUCCUGCUUUCAACAGAUACUUGACUCCACCACCGAGAUACUCUGAUAUAACAAAUUCCCUCCCAUCAUACAGUUGCGCCCUACGAAGGAUGCUGCAGUUGGUAAAUGGCCCUAUGCGCUUGAGGUUCGUUGUACACGUUGACAAAAAUGAAGGACGUGGCUCCGUCCUCGCUGCGAACAAACCUACAACCGAAGACGAGAGUCAGGUUUCCUCAAUAGUCCACAACAGCCUUUCUAAUGAACCGGAAACUUACAGGCUCCAGCCUGUUCUUGGUCGAAGCUCCACCCCUGAGAUGAUGAGCAGCUGUCCAAGAGUGACCAGCUCUCCAAUCGAGGAUCACUCGCGAGAAAAUCCCCAAGUACAAGCAGCCAUCAAGAUCACUGUGGAGUCUCCACCCAUUGAUAAUACACGCUCAAUUGGAGAUAUGGUAUCUCCUGUUCUUGUGUAUGAAAAUGCAAUUCUCCCAUCUCCAGAUCUGGCUGUGAUUGCCUACAACCAGCCGAACAGCUCUUCCCUAUCAACGCCACGUAGUGGAUCGCUUGUUUGGCAUAACUUGGGCGUGAAUUAUCUCCCGAAGGCCCAGCUUAAUGGAGAUGGGUGUCAAAGUAACCCUGCUCACAGAACCGAUAACGGUGUUAAUGUUAAAGGCCAGAACCUCCAAAGUGAAGCGACAAGCGUUUCUGCUUCCCCUUCCUUUCUCGAAAAUGGGGUACCGGGCAACUCUAUCAAGCUGUUAAUGAGAGGGAUCCGUGGCGUGGAACAGGUGGUGCUGGCCAAGGAGUCUUCUCCCAAUUGUUUCGUAGCGCACUGGCCUAUUCCCUCCAAGGAACACAUUGAUGCAGACAGUUUCGAGGUCUCUGUGGAAGGGUAUCCCGUGGACAAAAUCUUCGUGGAAUUCCUCGACGACGGCGGACAGAGCAUCUGCAUGGCACAGUUACUUCCAUCGCACAACAGCAGCAGCUCUGUAAACAAUCAGACGAGAUACCACUAUCGUGUGCCAAUUUCGCCUCUACAGACGCUGCCCAAUCUCCUGAGGGCCACAUCGACGCCAUCUUCGGAGACGUCGUCUGCACCAGGUGGUGCUAUGCCGUCUCUGACUCUUUCUUCAGUGACUCCAUCAUCCUCACUGCCACCGCCUACAUCGUCCGGGACACCAAGUUCUUUGACUCCCUCGUCGUCUUUGUCCCAAGUUACUACUGCGACUCCUUCGUCUUUGGCUCCCAUGUCGUCGUCUUCUGCUGCAGGUUCCUCAGGAUCGUCUCUCGUGUCGUCGUCUUUGACGUCGUCGUCUGAAACGCAACUGUCUUCGACUUUAACUACUGUGACAACACUGUCCGGGGAAACAUAGCAUCGCACUUGAUUAAACAAAAAAAAAGACUAACUAACUUUCUUAUUAUAUUUAUAUUUUUUUUACAUAAUUAAAAUAAGGUGCAUCAUGUUUACGACACUGAAUAGGCUACUAUCGAAAAGAUUAACUUGUUCAGGUAGUAUUUUGAGCUGUAUUUUAUUUAAUAUAAAUAUCGUGAUAAUGUAAUAUAUCCAAGUUUAAUAGAUAUGUUAAUAAGGUGAACCACACACGUGCAAAAUCGGGACGUUUAAGUAUGAAAAGUAUCGAAUCAGUAAUUCAAAUCUCCCAUAUCGUGUUUUAUAUAUUAUGUAAAUCUCGGAAGAAAGUCUGAAAAUGUAAAAUUAUUUUGAUUGAUGCUUUAGUCCUUUACCAUUCGUCUUUUAUUCUGCUUCUCACGUUCUGAAUGAUUCUGUAUUUUUUUAUAAACAUCAGCAUUCCCACG